AUGUUUGGACGAUUAACGACUCAUCUUCAUAUCCUUCUCUUAACUUGCGUAUUAACGAGGAGAUGCAAAUCUUGGGUUCAACCAGUAAUUGGCAUUCAGCCUGGAUUUCUCGACAUCUACAGCACCAGUAACAAUUACGUAAAUGGCCGUGAUAUAAUCACUGGACAUCCAUAUACUCUGGAUAUUCAUAUGACUGGAACUGAUCAAUAUGACUACUUAUUAGAACUUUGUACAUAUAAUGAUAAAUAUCACUUUGUUGACCAAAAUAGUUGUUUAGUUUUCGAUGAUUUUUUUCAACAAAUGUGGGAAAAUGAUCGGUAUCGUUUGCAAGGUGCACAAAAACGUACAUUUAUCCAUUUCAUAUCACCGGAGCCACUUGUUCGUCUUCAAUGUAACGUACGUGUACUACAAUGCUGUGGAUGCGCUGAAAGAGCUUGCGAAAGAAAUAUCGGAUCAAGUACGCUCUUUUACCCCCAACAAGUAAUUAACUUGGCCAUUAGUAAUGAGCCUAGCAGAGGAGCAUUAGGUGGUUCAAUGGAUACUUGGCCUUGGUGGAUUUGGCUACUGCUCAUUUUAGCACUUGUCCUGCUGCUUUGUUUAAUUCCUUUACUAAUAUUUUUGUGUUCUCGACUGUGCAAGCGGAAACAGAAAGUGGUAGGUUCGAAAGCGAUGGCAGAACAGCAGGCAUCAAUUCCAACUCCUCAGAUAUUAGCUCGAAGUCAAGAGAUGAAUACGAACGCUGCCAAAAAACCAGCACCACAAACCACAAAAAUAUUUCGUCGGUUGUCUGAUUCACCAACAGAGAGUUUACAUUCAACAGCCAGUCAGUCAAGAGUUGCAACAGUGAUUAGACAACAACCUCGAGUAGCUACUACUCAUUGGGCUAAGUCUACAUCUGACAUGGAGAUGGCUAGAAAACCAGUGCAGGAAAAACAAACCCCAGACAUUCAUCAUCUUCAUCAGGUUAUUGACGAGAGUACGGAGGUCAGGAGUCAUCAUGAAGUCAGAGAAAGAGAAGGUGGCUACAGAUCUCCAACUAUAGCGGUAGCAGAUACUGCUGCUGCUGCUUCUAUACGUGAAAGGCAAGAUGAUUUUAAUGAAUCAAAUACCGAACAGAAGGCGUCGCAUUAUUAUGGUAGAGAUGCGUUACGACUUAUGCAUCAGCAAACCACUUCUGAAGAAAAAUUUUUCAAGAAAAAUGAUCGACAACGAGGACUUGUUGAAGAAGGUUAUGACCGCGCUCAAUAUACUUAUACUACGCCUGCAACACACUUUUCACAUUCUGAACUGGUUUAA